AUGGGUGCCUGGGGAUUUGGGCUCUUCGACUCCGACCAUGACCUCGAUCUCAUUUGGGAACUCAACGACGAUGCGGGACUGACGCGGCUCGAAGAGGAAGCCAAGAAGUCGAAGAAUGAAAGCCGUGCCUCUGAGUCGAACGGCGAGAACGAAGCCAGCGAGCAGCAACAUCAAGGCGCCUUCGGAGAAGACGAGAUCAGCUAUUCGAUGUACCGCUCGCACUGCUCCGACCCUACGGCCCCACGCGAUCAUCACGAUGCCGGCGCGCUCAGUGCGAUGCUCGAGAAGUACGAAACCGAGCUCCUCUCGGGCGAGUGUGGCGACACCCUCCGGGACCCUGGAUACAAGUUCAUGCUUGCUGGUGCCUGCGCAAUGACUCUUGGCUGCCACAUUCCCGCCAGGUCUAAGGAAACCAUGAAGCAAGUCUACAUGUGCGUCAGUCUGCCACAUGACGGUGUGCUGCAGAUGAAGAAAGCGCUGCACGGCCCGGGUGAAUACCAGGAUGGCGUGCCUUACGAUUUCAGUAGCCUUGGUCUUAUCGGCACCAUGGAGGAGGCACAUUCGGCGCUCCCAUCCCGUGGAGGACUAAUCAACGUUCCUGGACCCGGCGGCUUGUUCUACAAUCCACCAAAGGGUGACAAGAGCGGCCUGCAGAAGUUGAGAGCGCGGUACAACGACGAGAGGUACGGUGCUAAUGUUUGUGGGGGUUGCGGAGCUGAGGAUGGAAAGGAAGGCAUUCACUUGCGCAGCUGUGCUAGGUGCAAGGGGAGGAAGUACUGCAGCAAGGCCUGCCAGAAGAAGCAGUGGCCGACGCAUAAGGAGGUGUGCGUGGAGGCGACGAACGAAGAGACGGUUUGA